AUGAGCGCGAUGAUGGAAAGAAACCAAAACGUCCAACAGAACGCGCAACAAGGACAACAAACGGUCCAGGACGUGUUCGUGAAGGAGAAGAUAAUGCCACACUGCGUGCGAAUUGACGAGCUUUCGAACCAUGGGAUUAACGCGAACGACAUCGAGAAGCUCAAAACCGCGGGCGUGUGCACGAUGGAGGGGUUGUCCGGGGCGUCGAAGAAAUGGUUGACGCAAAUCAAAGGCUUGUCCGAACAAAAAGUGGAAAAGUUGAAGGCGAUUAGCAAGAAAACGUGUAACGAUACGUUUCAGUCCGCGACGGCGCUUGCGACGAAGAGAGAGAAUUUGGUGAAAAUAACCACCGGGUCGCAGCCGUUGGACGAUAUGUUGAUGGGGGGGAUCGAGUCUGGGUCGAUGACGGAGCUUUACGGAGAGUUUAGAACCGGGAAGACGCAAUUGAUGCAUACGUUAGCGGUGAGUGGGCAGAUUCCAGUGGAGAACGGAGGAGGUGGUGGUAAGGUUAUGUAUAUCGAUACGGAAGGGACGUUUAGACCGGAACGUAUCGUGCAAAUCGCGGAAAGAUUCGGAGUUGACGGGACUUCGUGUUUGGAUAACAUCGCCUACGCGAAAGCGAACAACACGGAGCACCAGCAAGAGUUGUUGGUAGCGGCGGGUGCGUUGCUCGCACAGGACCUCUUUUCGCUCAUCCUCGUCGAUUCUGCCACGAACUUGUUCCGAACGGAAUUCGAGGGAAGAGGGGAGUUAUCCGCUAGGCAAAUGGCGUUGGGGAAGUUUUUGAGACAUUUGGCGAAGUUGGCCAACGAGUUUGGCGUCGCGGUGGUCGUUUCCAACCAAGUCGUCGCGAACCCAGAAGGCGGUAUGUUUGCCGGCGCAAACGCGCAAAAACCAAUCGGUGGUAACAUCAUGGCGCACGCGAGUACAACGAGAUUGGCGUUAAGGAAAGGAAGAGGGGGGAACAGAGUAGCAAAAAUCGCGUGCUCGCCGACUUUGCCGGAAUCCGAGGCGCAGUAUUCCAUCAGCGACGGAGGUAUCGUCGAUCCAGAGAUUGAUUAA